AUGAAGGGCUUCGAAGUUGAGUUAGAUCUAGAUGCUGAACAUAUUAUGUGGAUGUACCACUUAAGAUACUUUGUAGAUUUAAGAAGGAGAUAUGAAACAUUUAUAAAGUUUAGAGGAAGCAGAGCAUUUUUAGAAGGAGUAGAUUUACACAGAGUUUAAUGUGCUGUUUAGGAUGCGGUAACAAAGGCAAAACAUGAAUUUAUUUAUGAUUUUUUGAUGCAAUCAAAUGAUCUAGAUGAGAAUUAUGGACCAUAUCUGGAUUUAUUAAGUAAUUAGGAAUAUGAAAAUUUGAAAAGGUAAUAUUAGGGAUUAUUUAUCUUUUCAAAAAAGCAGUUUAUGCAAAUAAAAAAAGAUUUAAAUGAUAAAUUUGGUUACAUAGUAAAUUUAUCAAGAAAAUAUCCUUUAAAUUAUGUGAUAAUAUUUUUACCUUCAAGCAAGCAAUCUUUAUUGAUUUAGAGGAUUUAAUAUUUAGUAUAACAAAUAAACAAAAAUAUUGAUUAAGGAGUUACUCCUUAUAAUUCUUAAUAUUAUAGUUAUAGAAAUAGGGAUUUAGCAAAUAGAAAUAUAUAUAAAAAGAUUUAUUAAAUAAAAAUGAGAGAUGAAUAAGCAAUAUAAAUAUUUUUAAUUUUCGAUAUAAGGAGAAUGGAAGAGUAUUUUAAGGCAUCUUUUAGUUUAUAAGAUUAUGGCGACUUUGUGAUAUUUGUUAUAUAAGGGUCAUCCGAUUCUGGAUGUGUAGAAGCAAUGUCUACCAUAGAGAAACAUUUAAAGCAAAAGAUCUUAUCUUAAAUAUAAAAUGUAUAACAUGAUUUUUAAGGGAUGGAUAUGAAAAUAGUAUAAAUUGAAGAAAUAGAAUCAAUAGCUAAUAGAUUGGAUUAAUGUUUUGGAACAGAGAUCUUGAAAAGAUUAACAAGUAAGUUUUUAAAGAAUCAUUUUGUAUUUGCGGAUACAGAAUAGUUAAAUUUUAUGAAAUAAAAAUAAAUGAACGAAGAGAGCAAUUAGAUUUCAAGAUUGACCAAUAGUAAUUUUUAGAGUGAAGUAGCUAAAUAAGCAGAUAGUUAAAUAUAGUAAGAUAACAGUGCAAUUUAAUAUAAUGAAUAGAAAGAUUUGAAAAAGUACUUAUAAUUUGAAAACCUUAAAAAUAAUGAUUCUGAAAUAGUCAUACCAAUAAAAUAGUAGAUUGAAAAGUAAGAAAUAAAUCAAAAAGAUGGCAAUGAAUUGUAAAUGUAAGAUGAAGAAGACGAGGAAGAAUAAUAAGAUAUGAAAUAAUUGAAGACCAUAAAAGAUCAUAAGAUUGAAACCUUAAAAGACAAAAUUAUUAUAGAGUUCUUUAAUUAUAAGGAAAAAUCCAAGUUUUAUCUCUUCUUAAAUAACUUUGAUGAAGAGUUGUUUUAUUCAGAUUUUGAUGUAUAUUGUACAGAGAAUUACAAUUUACCUCAUGUUAUUUAGCCUGAUUCCAGCGAAUAAAAUCAAUUAAAAUUUAUAAUCGAGAUAUUUUCUAACGAAUUUAAAAAUAACAUAGUUGAAAUAACAGAUUUUUUAGAUCAUUACAUGAAUUGCUAGGUUAUGUUAGGUAUUAAAAAUGCUAAAUAACUAAAACACGAAGAAUUUGAAGAGUUAUGUGAUGAUUUCAAUUGUUCAUUUUAAAUUUACAAUUGUGAUCUGAAUCCUAAAUAGAUAGGUUGGUCAUAAAAUGAAGUUAUACCAUAAAAAAAUGAAAAAGGUAAAGAUCUUGCUAUAAUCUUUUCAAACAUUAUACAUUGCUUCAUUGAUUAAUUAAAAGAAAAGGUGAAUAUUCUGAAUUAAUUAGCUAAAAAAAGUAUUAUCACAUUAUUGUUUUAAUCUUAAUUUGAAUAUGCAUACAAUUUAUGUGAAAUAAAGAAAUUGGAUUUAUUUUGUCAAUUUAAUCUUGAUGAUUGUUAUUGGGUUUAAAUUACAGCUAAUAAUCCAAAAGAGAUUAUUGAGAAAAUAAAGGAAGAUGAUUCUAAAAUAUUAUAGUAGACUUUGAGUAAGCAAAUUAAUUGUUAGAAUGAAGCAAUAGUAUUAGUUAAAGCAUUAUAGGAAAGAGACUUUUAUGAUGUCUUUAUUCCUGAACUGUAUUGUAAAUACUAUGAAAAGUUAAGGAGAGAUUAUUUAGAUAAGCAGUUUACUGAAGAUGAAUGGAAGAAUAUUAAAAUGGGGCCUGAUCAAAAAUUAUUUUUUGUUGAUAUGACAGAUUUAGGAAUAUAGCCUACUCAUUUGGAGCCAACAAUAGAAAUUCUAGCUGAUUUGGGCAGUAUUAUAUAUUUCACAUAAUGUUAUUAGAAAAGGGUAAAGUGAUAGAAAGUACAAAUGAUUUGUAGCAAGGUGUUUAUUUAAUAGGAAGAUCAAGAAAUGUAAAUUCGGAUACAUUUGACUUGACCAUUAACAAUCACAUCAUCAGGUACGUGUAUUUAAUUAAUUUGUAUUAGCUCCAUAAUAAAUAUCAAAUGA